AUGCGGACGACUGCAGCUCAAUCUGAGGAGGAUCCCACACAGAAGGCCACCAAAGUGGCGGCGGAGGAAGAGGAAGUUGACGAAGUUGAAGACGACGGAGAAGCCUACGACGAAGAAGACGCAGAAGGCGACGAUGUCGAAGAAGUGGAGGAGGUUGAAGAGGAAUACGUUUCCGACGAAGAAGACGACUAUGAGGGGGUGGGGGGCAAAGAGCUGGCGGGGAACGGCCACGGCGUGAAGCGGCGUCGCGAGGAGGGCGAUGAGGAAGAAGACGAGGAAGAAGAGGAAGAGUUUGUUGAUGAUGAUGACGAGGAUGACAGCGAUGACCACCCCAGCGACGACGAUGAAGAGGAGGAGGACGAGGAGGACGACGAUCCCGAGGGUCCGGAAGGUUCAGGCGUCCAUUCCCCUGCAGAAGAUGACGAAGAAGACUACGAAGAAGACGGCGACGAAGGCCACGCCGUUGCACAUGGCUCGUAUCCGGAGAACGCGAACGCUUCUCAAGACGAAGGCGAUGAAGAGGAGGGAGACGAGGUUGAGGAAAUCGAAGUUGGCGAAGAAGACGAUGACGAGGGCGGCGACCCCGGUCCCGCCAAACGAAGACGGGCGGCGUGA